AUGCAAGUCCUGCUGUUCCUGGAGGAGCUGGCCAGUGUGGCCGUGACACCCUUCAUAUUGGGCUGCUCCCUGCCCAAGUGCGCCGGCUCCAUCCUGCAGUUUGUGCGCGACCACACAGUGCGGGUGGAGGGCGUCGGCGACGUCUGCAGCCUGGCCGCGUUUGACUUUGGGCGCCACGGGAACCCCAAGUAUGGCGCCCCCUGCGCCGCGCCCGGCAAGCCGCUGCGCUCCAAGCAGGGCAAGAUGGAGAAGUCCUUCCUCACGUUUGUGGCUACCUACCCCACCUGGGCGCCCCCGGCCCAGGGGCGCAGGCUGCUGGCGGCGCUGUCGCAGCACACGGAGGUCGCCGCGGCGGCAGGCGGCGGCUUUGGUGGCGGUAGCUGCUGGGGCAUGCCGCAGGCACAGGGCGACAUGCAAGCUUACCAGCAGCACCAGGAGCAGCAACACAAUCAACAGCAACAGCAGCAGCAGCCGCGGGAGGCGCGGGAGCAUGGCUCUGCAGCCCAGGCCAAUGACGGGAGCCCGCACGACGCUGGCACGAACGGGGCGCCAGGUCAGGACGCGGUGUAUCGGGCUCCAGCAGGCGCGGCCGGCGGGCCGCAGGGUGCCGCAUGCGACCCCUUCCCGCUGCCGCCACAGGGCUCUGAUUGGGACGCCCUGGGGCCGCUGAGCCCGCUGGCGCCAGACACCACGCCCUUGAAGGAGCAGCAGCAACAGGGAGCAGGCAGCGAGGGCUCCUGGCUGGUGCCGCCCCUCAACGGCGUCGGCCCGGCCGCCAACGGCAAGGGGCCACAGGGCAGCAGACGUCAGCCGCUACCGCCAGCCUCGCACACACAGCACCCGCAUGCAGCCGCCCAGCCCCAAUCCCAAGGGGCGGGUCAGCAGUGGGGCCCAUCACCCCAGGCCACGCGGCAGCACUUUGCGCCGCCGCUGCCGCCGCCGCCGCAGCAGCAGCAGCAGCAGUGGCACCAGUCGCAGCAGCUGCAGCAGCACCACCACUGGCAGCAGCCGUCAUUGCAGCAGCAGCCGCAGCAACAACCCCACCAGGUGUUGCAGGUGUGGCCGUCAACCCUCUACCCCGGCGGCCCCAACGCCGCCGCCGCGCUGCCGGGAGCCAUGGGGCUCGCGUACGGCGGACCAGGCCACGGCGCGGGCGGCGGCACCCCCCCGCGGCCGGGCGUGCUGAGUGGCGGCGACGCGACCUGGUCGGCGCUGGGCAUGUGGGGCGCGGCGUCGGCGGCGGCCUCCGCAGCCGGGCGGCGCCUGGAUGGCAGUGGCGGCGGGGGCGGGGGCGUCUCUGACCUCAUCCCGGUCAACGAGACCGCCGACCUUGGCAGUCGCCUGGCCGCCAGCCACCUGCUGCUGCAGUCUUUCUACGAGAGCCGCGACCACACGGUGCAGCACCGCCAGGCCAACCGCGCCCACGCGCGCAGCAUGCUGCUGCAGCGCGCGCUCGGCGGCGGCGCGCUGUCGGUGGCGCCUUUCCUUGCCGCUUCGGCGUCGGCCGCGGCGGCGGCGGCCGCCUGGCAGCCGGCGCGGGCGGGGGCCUCGGCUUCUGCGCUGGGUGACGGGCGCCACUCGCCGCGCGACUCCCCCCACUCGCCGCUGGCGCGCACGGCCAUGUAUUGA